UUCGCCUCCCGGAAAAGUUGUAAAUAAAACAAACAGCUGUUGAUAAAAACAACGUGAAAGAGAUUUUUAUCUUUCCAUGUGAUAUUAAACAAAAACAAUGGAAGAUCCUAAGACGAUAGACAAAGUUCGAGUUCUUGAACUUUUUAGUGGAAUUGGAGGAAUGCAUUACGGUCUCUUGGACUCUGGAAUCCCCUUUGAAAUUAAACUCGCCAUCGACAUCAACGACAUUGCGAACAAAGUUUACGCUCAUAAUUUUCCAUCCAGCAAAAUUGUUUCGAAAAACAUCAAGGGACUCACACCGGCUUUCAUCAACAAAUUGGGCAUCAACACAAUUUGCAUGUCGCCACCGUGUCAGCCAUUUUCUCGGAACGGUAACUUUAAGGAUUUAGAAGAUGCUCGAAGUGAUCCGUUUAACCACAUUUGCGAGAUGAUCCCUGCCUUAACGAGUGUUGAUUUCAUUUUGAUGGAAAAUGUCAUGGGCUUCGAGAAAUCUGUAGCCCACAAGAAAUAUAUUGGAGUUUUACAAGACGCUGGUUUUUCGUACGAAGAGUUUAUUAUAAGUCCAUCAGAAUUGGGAGUUCCUAAUUCGAGAAAUCGCUAUUAUUGCAUUGCGAGACGUCAUUUUGGUGAAGCUUUUAGGAAUCAGAUGAUCAGUACUGAGAAAGUAUCCGAAGAAAGACAGAAAAUUGAGGAGUUUUUGGAACAAAACAAAACUUUCGACGACUUUUACUUAUCAGAUAAAAUCCUGUCGACCCGUUUCAAGGUUUUUGACAUCGUUGACAAGGACUCCACAAAUAGCAUGUGCUUCACGAAAGCUUACACUCAUUAUCUGGAGGGCACAGGAUCAGUUUUUACCGAAAAAUCGAAGGCAGAAGUUCAAAAAGCUUUUGAGAAUUUACUUCCGAACGACGAAAAGCCUGAAGAUCCGGAGCAGAAAAGAACUAAAAUUGAUCCCUUACCUCUGUUAAAGCCUUUAAAGCUACGUUUCUUCACUCCAAGGGAAGUAGCAAACUUGAUGAGCUUCCCCUCCGAUAAGUUUUCCUUCCCUGAUACCGUGACCAAUAAACAACGAUAUCGAUUACUGGGCAAUAGCGUAAACAUCAAAGUCGUCUCUCACAUGAUAAAAUGUUUAUUUAAUAAAGUUACGUUUGACAAUCGGUAAAAAAUUAUAAAUUAUUGAGUCUUCUGUUUAAUUCGUUCAAUGGCAGCUACUUUCUGCCAUGAAAAUACCAGUAAAAAUGCAUUUACGAUGUACAAAGCCACACAAACAACACAAAGAUUCUGUAUCACAAAGUACAGUAAGUAAGCCAAAUACACGGAAAGGAAGUUCGAAGUCAAGGCCAUCCAUUUUUGAGCUCUUGCAACUUUACCACAUUUGAUAAAAGCUGUCACUAGGAAAAACGGGUAAAAAACUAACCCAAAAAGUCCAUUCGGAACAUUCAAUAUGGAAUCUUCUCCCAAUACUUUUCCAACAAUUCCAAAUCCUUUUCCAUAU